AUGGAUGCGAACCCAUUAUUCUGGAUUGAGACAAUUAUUAAAGGAAAUGCAAAUAGUGUAUUGCUUAUUGCUUCUCUUUACAGGUACUGGGCUGCAAAACGGGUUAAUAUCCUAGUCUUUUCACUAGCUUGCGAUGAAGGGCAAGUGGGAAUCACAAUCCACCGCAUCUAUGGAGCAAAUCCGGUAGACGAGAAGAUGGAGAUCUAUCGCGGAUUCCAGAGCAAUGGAGAAAAGAUCCACACUGAAACCGGACGAAAUAGCGCUUACCUGGAGUCAGUGAUUGAUCUGUGCAUCCUCCCCACGUCGCAUACGAUUAUUCUGAGUGAUACGUCAUCGUCUGGAUGGAAUGACGGAUCCUACUUCUACAUUGAAAUGGACAAGAUCGAUGUCCUCCACAGUCGUUUGGAAGGCAAGAGCCGUUCUGAGAUUCUUUUCGACCCCACAUACACAAUCUCUCCCAAGGACUCCUGGAGAUACACGAGCACGGCGCAGUCGACGGCGGACUGGUACCAUUCCGUCAAUCCGUCCUGGACGGCCUACGCGCCGGGCAGCUUCCCUCAAGUGAGCUCGAACACUCGCUACUACGCUCUGUCGGUGACGGUUCCGCCCAUGUGGGACGGGUACCACAGCUUCGAGCUGGGCGUAUUCAGUCGCGAGGGCGUGGUUGCCUACAUCAACGGCCAGGAAGUGAUGCGCAAGAACCUGCCCAUCGGCCCGGUGAACUCCAACACGCAGGUGACCCAGCUGGACUCGACCUCGAACUACAUGCGCUUUAUCGGCAGCCGAACGCAGUACCUGAGCGGAGCCUCGGUGCUGAUCGCCAUCGAGAUCCACAAGGACUACAACCAGACGAACCCCUACGCGGACGAUUUCAAGGCGUACCUGCUGCCCCACCAGCAGAACAACGACUAUCGGCUGUACGACGGCGUGGCGACGACCGCGUCGACCUCGCCUUCGGGUCUGCCCGUGGACAACCUCUUCGAUAACAACCCCAGCACGGAGUGGUCGGCGCCGAUCGAGCCGCUGAUCCAAGUGACCUACACGUUCAACUACCGUCGCCACGAGUGGUUCAACACCUACUCGCUCACCUCGUCGGGCUCGUACCCCGAACGCGACCCGACCACGUGGCGCUUGGAGGGAUCGAAGGACGGCUUGACGUGGAACCGCAUCGACUACCAGUCGAACUACGUGUUCUCGGGCCGCCGCCAGACGGCCACGUUCAUGGUGAAGUCGAACCGCGUGUCCUACAACAUGCUUCGCCUCGUGAUCAUCAAAGUGCGCGGCGCGACGGAGUCGAUCGCCCAGCUGUCGGAGUUCGCGAUCUACGCGUCGGAGGGCGAGCUGCUGGAGAGCGGACUGACCUACGAAACGACGGAGUUCACGUACAUGGCGGCCAUCACGGAGGGCUUCUCGAUCAAGCCGCAGUCGAGCGGAUAUCUGAACUUCGCGAUCAAUCCGGCGCUGCCCGCCGGCAUCACGAUCGACGCGGACUCGGGAGAAAUCAGCGGGUCGACGACGGAGACGACGGAGGCGCUGAGCGACUACACGGUCACGGCGACGGACUCGGUGUCCGGAACGCAGGGAACGGCGGUGCUGAAGCUGUGGUUCACGAACUGCAACGACGACCUGCACACGCGCAUUGAUAUCGUGAAGUACAACCAGCCCGGGUCGGAUCGAGAGUCGUGGAGAUUGUCCUGCGACGACCAGUCGGAGUUCUCGGGCGAGGGUCUGGACGGCGAGCUCAUGCAGGUGAGCCGCAUGUGCGUGCCGCGAACGAUGUGCAAGUUGACGCUGAGCGACUCGAUGGGCGAUGCGUGGGUGAAGGGGUCGUACGUGGACAUCACGCUGUACACCAAGGACAUUUCCUACCACUUGGGCCAUGCGAUGGUCACGGAUAGCGAUACGUAUGAGGUGGACAUCAAUACGGACUUCCUGGUCUCCCCGGGAAGCGAUUCGAUCAAGAUCUAUAAGGGAUCCGAGUUCCGCGAGAACUGGGUGACGGACACUGCGUUCCAGGGCGACGCGAAUUGGGUCGCAGCGAACACGGCUCCUCUGAUUGAUCGUCGUCAGUGGUACGCGUUCACCACGUUCAUGGCCCCCGAGAACGUGACCGAUUUCGACGCCUACGAAGUGCGUUUCUUCUGCCGAGCGGGUGUUCGGAUGUACGUGAACGGAAAGGAGCGCUACUUGCUGAACAUGGAGAACGAGACGCUGUCCGCCACGACGUCCAUCACCGGAGGCUCGGUGUCGCCCUACUGGCACUCGUUCACGGGCGCGAUCGCCGAUCUGCUGACCGGGUCGAACACCAUCGCCUUCGACGUGGUGAACGCGAUGGGCAAUCUGACCGCGGACUUCGACGUCUCGGUCUACCUGACCGUGUCCUCGCAGAGCAUUUCCUACACGGAGGAGGUGACCACGGAGAGCAGCCGGAGCAGCGGCAGCUAUCCGGUGGACCGCAUUGCGGAUAGUGACUGGGACUCGUACACGCUGAUCCCUCGCACAAGCUCGACGGACCAGCAGUGGGUCGGCAUCAGAUACCGCGACGAUGCGCGCCGCCUGAUCAACUACUACUGCGUGACCUGCAAUCCGGACACCUCGGGCUUCGAUCCGACGGAGUGGGAUUUCGUGGCCUCGAACAGCGACGUGAACAUUGCCAACUGGACGGUGCUGGACACGCGCAAGAACGUGCGCUUCACGAAGCGUUCGCAGCGUCUGUGCUUCUCGGCCGAGACCACGGAGGCCUACAACAUGUACCGUCUGGUGAUGAAGGCCAACCGCAACAUUUAUCCCACCAACGCGUUCGCCGUCUCCGAGCUGGAGCUCUACUCCACCGCGCUGAUCCCGACGCAGCCGUUUGCCUACCAGUUCACGACCGUCAAGGGCUACAAGAACCUUCCCUUCCCCGUGCUCACCACGCUGGCGUCGGUGGGCGAAGUGACCGUGAGUCCCGCGCUGCCCAGCGGCCUGUCGCUGGACAAGUACACGGGUCGGAUCGCGGGUACGCCGACGGUCGCCACGGUGGGUGCGACCACCAGCUACACGCUGACGAACAACGUGAACGGACAGACGGAGAACUUCCAGCUGAAUCUCAUAAUCGAUAUCUGCUCGUCGCCGAAGGUGCCGUUCUAUGUGUACGUGGCGGACACGGGCGCGCUGGGCCCCAAGAUGUCGGUGAAGGUGACGAAGGGCGCGGAGGUGCUGCUGGAGGUGCCCUCGAUGCCCAUGUAUGAGGAGAUGUACUACCCGAUCUGUACGGAGCCCGGCUUGAUCAACAUCGAGAUGGGCGGCGAGUCCAACUGGGGCAUGUACUACGUGGACCUGCUGACGGAGGACCGCACCUCGGUGUUCCACAGCAGCAAGCUCGCUCUGACCACCACCACGGUCUAUCCGUUCUACCAGGUGCGUCCGUCCUCGGCCUGGAAGUACACGUACGACGCAGUGACCGACGCGAACUGGGCCGCGCCCGAGUUCUCGGAUGCCGCCUGGAAGCAGAGCAACGACGGCGUCUUCGAGGAUCUGACGGGCAGCACGGCGCAGUACUAUCGCAGCACGUUCACGGUGUCGAGUCUGACGGACGUGAACGCCGUGAUGUACCGCGUGCGCGUGAAUGCGGGAGCGAUCGUGUACAUCAACGGGCACGAAGUCCACCGCGUGAACAUGCCGUCCGGCACGCCGACCUCGCAGACCCUGGCCUCCUCGCAGUUCCUGACGCCCCAGAUAGUCUCGGGCUCGGCCACGACGGUGUCGUCGCUUCUGCAGGAGGGCACGAACCACUUCGCGAUCGAGAUCCACGGCUGGAGCAACACGCGCGUGAAGAACAACUUCUACGCGACGCUGCACCUCUCCUACAACACGACCUCCGCGAUGCUGGAGGGAACGCCGUCUUCGGACAUCAUGACCUCGGACAACCACAACUACCUCAAGGCCUUUGACUUCAUCGACAACACCUACUUUAUCUCGGGUCCGCGCUGCGAGACCGCCGAGGUGCGCUGGACCUACCCGCUGGGCAGCCGCUACGCGGUCAACAGCUACCGCGUGUACUCGUUCUACGGCGCCUGCGUGAACCAGUUCCCGUCGGAGUGGGCUCUGGAGGGAAGCAACAACGGCGUCACGUGGACGAUGGUGGACUACAUGACCGACAUCAUGGCGGGGUUCGGCGGUUCGAUCAUCACGCGCGAGUUCAUGGCCACGUCCAAUUUCAACCAGUACCGUCUGCGCGUGACCAGCUGCCGCAACUCGGGCGACAUUUCCUGCAAGACGGGUCUGUACCUCAACGAGUUCAGUCUGUUCCACACGCCUCUGGACUACUCGAAGGUCUGCGAGGGCGACCUGGUCUUCGAGCCCGCGCUGGUCAACAGCUACUCGUUCGGCUCCUGCCCGUCGGGCUACACGGGCUACCGCCGCCGUCUCUGCCAGUCGAGCCUGGAGUUCGGUCCGAUCGAGAACUUCUGCUCGCCGGUGGCUCCGUCGUACCUGGCCUACCCGCAGAUGUCCUACGACCUGACCGUGGGCCUGGAGAUCUCCUCGCCUCUGAAGCCCACCGCGAUCUGCGUGGCCUGCACGUUCUCCAGCUCGCCGCAGCUGCCCUCCGGUCUGUCGCUGAACAGCGCGACGGGCGCGAUCACGGGCAUGGCGCACAACGAGACGCGCGCCUACUACUACACGAUCACGGGCCGCAACACGGCGGGUUCGAUCUCCACGGCGAUCAGCAUCUCCGUGGUGUCGUCGGGCGCCACGUGCGCCGCGGACGUGGCGGGCGGCUGGACGCCGAUCGUGGCGGGCAGCACGGCAACGCGGAACUGCUCGAACCCGCUGUACUACACGGGUAACAUGACGCGCGAGUGCCUGGCGACCUCGCCUCCCACGUGGGGCCCGGUCAUCAACAACUGCGUGCUGCUGCCUCCCACGAUCACCUACCCCGUGACGAACGUGACCCUGGAGAAGAACGUGGAGAUGAGCAUCAUCAAGCCGACGCUCUUCGGCGCGGAGAUCCAGAGCAUCCAGAUCACGCCCUCGCUGCCCGCCGGACUCUACUUCCAGCCGACGACGGGUAUCAUCAGCGGCGCUCCCUCGGAGAAGAACGUUCAGGGCACUGUGUACAACAUCACCAUCACGAACCCGGCCGGCUCCGACACCACGCAGCUCACCAUCUACAUCACCAGUCUCACCUGCCCCGUCGACGGCGACUGGCCCGAGACCGACCGCGGCGAGAAGGCCUGGAAGAGCUGCGGCGCGGACAAGGUGGGCGAGUGGUACCGCCAGUGCUCCAACGCCAACCCGCCCGCCUGGGAGACCGCGGUGAACACGUGCGUGUACGCGGCGCCGGUGAUUUCCUACCCGAACCCCGCGCUGAGCCUCUUCAAGGGCGUGGCGAUGGCGUCGCAGACGCCGACGGUGCAGGGCCGUGUGACGAGCUGGUCGGCGGACAAGGCGCUGCCGAGCGGCGUGACGCUGAACACGGGGACGGGCGUGAUCUCGGGCACGCCGACGGCGUCGAUGCCGGUGACGGUGUACACGAUCACGGCGUCGAACGAGGACAACUCGGGCACGACGACGAUCACGAUCACCGUGGACACGCUGAAGUGCGCCACGGACGGCGAGUGGACCGAGACGGAGCAGGGCAACACGCUGGAGCUGCCCUGCGCGGACCCCACCAACAUGGAGGGCAAGCGGACGCGCACGUGCUCGCUGUCGGGCAGCUCGGCGGUGUGGGGCGCGGUGCAGGACACGUGCAAGUACCGCCAGCCGGUGAUCUCCUACCGCUCGAGCAUCACGGCGUACAAGGACGAGGCCAUCACUCCCAUGGAGCCCACGCGCCAGUACCGCAUCGACUCCUUCUCCAUCACCCCCGCUCUCCCCGCGGGACUCUCCCUGGCGGCGACGACGGGUAUCAUCUCGGGCACGCCCACAGAAGCGAGCGCGCAGACGCAGUACACGGUGCGCGCGACGAACCAGGACGCGGAGGGCCAGACGACGCUCAGCAUCGUGGUGAUCAUGCCGGUGUGCAGCGCCAACGGCGGCUGGCCGGAGACGGAGCGCGGGAAGACCGCGUAUCUGCUGUGCGACGGACAGAGCGGCGUGCGGACGCGCGUGUGCGGCGAGAAGACGGACCGGAACCCCGCGUGGAAGGAUGCGGACGCGUCGAUGUGCAUCGCGAACCCCGAGAAGGCCAAGCCGGGCGAGGGCAAGUCGUUCAUCCGCUUCGAGAUUCAGUUCGCAGGAAUCACCGCCGCGUCGGUGGGCGCGUACGAGCAGGAAAUGAUGCGCGUGCUGCUGGUGGAGGGCGUGCAGGCGCUGGGCGUGGGCUCGGCGCAGGUGGUGGUGCAGUCGGUGGGCGGAGGCGAAGUGUCGGUGCUGGCGACGGGCGUGAUCGUGUCGUUCCGCGUGGAAACGGAGUCGGCGAACGUGGACACGGUGCGCAGCGAGCUGGAGAGCUACGUGAACACGAAGAAGACCUACGGCAACGCGCUGAAGAAGCUGGGCGGUUCGUUCGCGAGCGUGAGCUGCUCGCUGGACGUGAAUUCGUUCCGCGUGAAGAAGUAUUCGUCGAUGAACGCCGUGGUGGUGGUGCUGAUCAUCCUGCUGGUCAUCUUCCUCUGCAUGUUCGGAGCCCUCGCCUUCUUCUACAUCCACAUCCGACGAUCCCCCAAGAAGGCCGGAGGCCUCAAGCAGCUCCGCGGCGAGAGCUACAUCCCCGCGGGCAACGUGGGCACGACGUACGGGUCGUACAAUCACACGGAGCGGAGAUCGCCGGUGGUGUCGGACGGAGAGAGCGAUGAGGACGAGGACGAUUAUCGUCCGAAGAAGAAGAGGCAGCAGCAGCAGCAGCAGCAGAGAAGGUAUUCGUCGGAGGAAGAGAGCGAAGAGGAGUAUCGCCCGAAGCGAAAGAGCAAGAAGGCGAGUGUCUAAGAAGAGAAUUGCAGCAUGU